AUGAUUUACAAAUUUUUGAACGGCUGGCGAAUAUCCUUUUUCUUCAAUUUGACCACCUUCAUAGUGCAGCAGUUAGGGUUGUACUACAUCCUGUUCGAUUACAACAAACUGAUUUUAGUACUAUGCGUAUUUGAUGUGUAUAUUUUUAUUCAUUUCUGUUUUAAUAAUUCUCAGUCCUUUGCGUCUGUAAAAGGAGGCACUUGUUGGUUAUUGUAUGUUUAUUCAAUAUCCCUUAAAGUAAUAUUCAUGUAUUUUUUUGCUUUCAACGAUGAUGUAUAUUCAGAGGAUACGAAUAGAGAUUAUUAUAACAAAUGCGCAAUAUUUGCAUUAUUAAGUUUAAGCACUCUUAUAUACACUGCUUUAUCUGUUAAGUCGUAUAAACAACUAUAUCCAGAUGAAGCGAGUAUAUCAAAUGAAAAGAUAUUCCACAAUAAUUUAAUUCUGCAUGUAGUUAUAGACUUAUUUGACAUAUUUGAAUUGUUAUUUACUCUUGUGAAAUUGUCUUAUAUUAUUAAAAAUACAAAUUUCUGGAUUAAAAUAAUUGGCGGGGUACUGAUUUCGUUUUCUUUGUACUUAAAUGCAUAUUCAUUUCCUAUCAUUUCUAUUGUUACCGAAAAAAAUAGUAAAAAUUUAGAUCUAGGUGACAUAUACUUUUGUAAAAAGCACGCUGCUGUUAUAGGAAUUAUUCUAGUUGAUGUGCCUUUUAUGAUAUUAAGAUUAUAUUUUUUGGCUUUUUAUUUUUCCAAUGUGCAUUUCCAGCCACUCUUAAUUAAGAAUAUUUGCUUCAUUCCGAUAAAAUACAUUACCAUAAAGCACUGUAACUUCGUAUUCGAAAAGCUACGAAAAAAUAUAGACCAUUCGGAGGAUGCUGCUAUUAGCGCGGGUAUAAGAGGAGGGAUUAGUAGCGUAAUUAACAGUGGCAAUAAUGGCGGCAUGAACAGGGGCAGCAUAGAUGGUAGUUUUGUUGGAAGCAAUGCCACUAGAAAUGGCAGUAAUAAUGACAAUAACAGUAGUGGUGGUAAUAGUAAUAAUUUUCCAAAUGAGAACAAUAACGAGUGUGCGAAGUCGGUGAACUCUCUAGUCCCUUACAGCAUAAGGAAUGGUAACCAGUCGAAUUUUAUGAACAGGUCAUGUAUUCAUAAAAAAAAAUCAUUUUUAUCGUUGAACGAUAUUUUAAAUAAUUCCAUAGAUCUUAGAUCAUUAUAUUCUUUAAAAAACGAAACGGAGAUAGUAUUACACGACGGUGGCAAUAACAUUAUAAACGGAAGUAAUAAUACUAAAAAAAAGCUAACCUCCACAAGUAAUGUAAAAUUUGAAGAUAGUACAAACAUAGUGGAUAUUAGUAAUCAUUAUAAUGGAAAUAAAACCUAUUUAAGGGAAUAUUUCGAAAUUAUGCUAGAAAGUCAACUAUUAAAUCACCGUAAAUUAAAUAUAAAUAAAAACAAGAUAGGAAAGAAAUAUAUUAUGAACAAGUUAAUGUAUACCAAUGUUUCAAACAAUGAACGAUAUCACUGUUAUUUGGAUGAUAGUUUAAAAGUUACAUACCUGAAUCAAAUACGUUUAAUGAUACCAUAUAUUAUAUAUUGCCUUGGGAAAAUUGCUAUGUCCAUUGUUAUAUAUUUUUUCUACACACAUAUAGAUAUACAUGACUUGAAAAUAAUAUUAACGCAACGUAAUAUGUAUUUUAAAUUAUUUGAACAUAAUAAUAUAAUUUUUGUUGUAUCCUUUUCUAUUAUACUUGGGAAUUCAAUAAUAUCAUUUUUUUCCUCUAUUUUUUUAUCUUCAUUUGUCGAAGUUGUAUUUUUCACCGUGUUCAUUUUUGUGAAAUGUGUGUCUGAUUUUUUAUUUUUAUUCUUACUUGUACAUAAUAAAGUUUUUGAAAUAUGCUUAAAAAAUAUGAACCAGUCAGAAAAAUAUGCACCAUAUUUUUACUUAAUUUUUGCAGUUAUUCCAUCAUUCAAAAUUAUAAAAAAUAUUUACAUAUUUUUAUGUUCUUUAUCGGGAAGGCAAUUCAUAGGAUAUAUUAUUAGACCAUUAAUGAAUGAAAAGAAUAAUAGUAAAUUACCGAACUUUUUAAAUAUUAAAGAAUAUAACAAUAAUAUAUCACAGAAUAUUACUUAUUUAAAUGAAGAGUAUAAUUUAUUUAAUAAUAAUGAAUUAAAUUCAGAAAAAUUUAAUUUUAAAGGAGAUUAUAAAGGAUUUAUUUCAAUUGCAUCCCUUUUAAUAUAUAUAAAUACAAAACAUAUGCAUGGCUUAUCCUCAUUAUCAAUAUUAAUAAUUGGAAAUAAUUUUAUAAAAAAUUUACGAUUAAAUUAUCAUUUAAGAAAUACUCAUCUCCUACUUAUCAGUCUUACUACAUUUAUAAGAUUUUCUUUACUCUUAUUUAUGUAUAUACAUUAUAAAGCUAUUACAACUUCAUAUCAAUAUGUCAUGUAUUUUUAUUACGCAAUUAUUUCAGUAUUUCUUGUGGAUGCUCUUUUUAAAUGUUUUUAUAUGGUCAUAUCUCAUAACUUAAGACUAAUUACAGCCUAUAAUUUGGAACUCAAAUCUAUAUAUGAAGAUAUAUACUUUAACAACAAAUGGAAAAAAGAGAAUGCCAAAUAUUGUUUGAAGCACUUGUACAAAAAGUAUCAGAUGAACCGUUUUUACUACAACAAUAUUCCCCUCUUUUCGUAG